AUGGGUGCCCUUCGCUCUCUCUUCCUGCUCGCGCUCGUCCUCGCCGCGACUCUUAACCUCCUCGCUGCAGUCUCCGCCGCGCCGCGCCGCUCCCUCGUCAAGGUCAAGGGGGAACCUCCCCAGAAGCCCCUCCCGCCCACUCCGUUCGAUCCAGCGACCUUCCCCGUCGCGUCUAACCCGUCCUCUCCGAGCAGCUCGCAGAAAUCAUCCGUCUCUUCCCAGGCGGGCGGAUUCCGCGCUUCCAACUUCCCCGUCGCGUCUAACCCCCCGAGUCCUAGCGGCUCGCGGAAGGGGUCCAUGGAUUCGACCAUCUCCUACGAUUCGAAGGCGCCGUCCGUCCCCUCGCUCAACGGCUCGCCGUCCCGAAAGGGCUCAGCGGAUUCGUCCUUCUCCUACGAUUCCAAGGACGGGGGGUCCCGCAGGAGCUCCGUGGAUUCCGUCUCGUCCGUGAAAACCACAACGGCGAAAGCUCGGCGGGCUCUCCUCGGAUUUGCGGGCCAGCGCAACGGCCUUCUGACGCCGAUACUCGAGGUUGACGGCGCCGACUCGCACGUGGCGACGCCGCGCAUUCUCGUUAUCAAGGGGGGACCUCAGAAGCCCCUUCCGCCCAACCCAAGCAGGAAAUCGUCCGCUGAUUCGUCCGCCGCUUCGGGGUUCCACGUUGCCAACUUCCCCGCCGCGUCUAACCCCCCGAGUCCUAGCAGCUCGCGGAAAUCAUCAGUCUCCUCCGAGGCGGGGGGAUUCCGUGCUUCCAACUUCCCCGUCGCGUCUAACCCCCCGAGUCCUAGCGGCUCGCGGAAGGGUUCCAUGGAUUCGACCAUCUCCUACGAUUCGAAGGCGCCGUCCGUCCCCUCGCUCAACGGCUCGCCGUCCCGAAAGGGCUCAGCGGAUUCGAUGAUCUCAUACGAUUCCAAGGACGGCGGAUCCCGCAGGAGCUCCGUGGAUUCCGUCUCGUCCGUGAAAACCGGCGUGUCCGUUCAGAUUCGCCCCGCUGAUGCCAACAGUCGCAAGAGCUCGCUGGAUUCGGUCUCUGCUCCCACCACUCCCAAGGGCAACGCGGGCAACAAGGGAUGGAAGUGA